CUCUGGCCGGGAGGAGUAGUCCCAUAUGAUAUUGCUUCACAUUAUACUGAGUGGGAACGAAGCGUCAUCCUAUCUGGGAUGGCUGAAUUUCCCAAACAUACUUGCAUAACAUUCCGACCUCGAACACCAAGUGAUCAAUAUUACUUGGCAAUUAACAAGUACUAUGACUUAGAAAGAUGUUUCUCUUAUAUUGGCCGUCAGACGGCAUCGAUGUUCCAAACAGCUGAUGGAAAGACUGAAACACGGAUGAAACUCGAUCCGAGUUGUCUUCGUUUUAACGGUCGAGGUACAGUCAUGCACGAAUUAAUGCAUAUUCUCGGCUUCUAUCAUGAACAUCAAAGGUUGGUGCAGUUUGUGUUCUCUUGUUCGCAGAUGUACGUGUCUGUUUUGUAUGUUAUAUGUAUUGUCUGUUCUGCGCAAUUCAAUGUUGCAGUUUAG